AUGUCCAUCCGUCACCUACUGCUGGCAUUGUUGCCAUGCACCACUGUCCUGGCCGAUUCUUGGCGAGUUGAUGGCUUCAACCCGGUCAAGAAACUCGCAGAGGCCAAGCGAUUGCCUGCUCGCCGCCAUCUUGAGCGUCGUCAGAGUAGUGAGAAGUACCAGUAUCUAAAUGAAAAGACUGAGAAGUACCUUGUGAAUGGAACGUCUAUUCCACUGGUCGAUUGGGAUCUAGGCGAAUCAUAUGCUGGUCACAUACCUAUCUCGAAAGAGUCAAACGAGACUCGACAACUCUUCUUCUGGUACUUCCCUAGCACCAAUCUUGAUGCAGCUGAAGAGGUCACCAUUUGGUUGAACGGUGGCCCGGGAUGUAGUUCCUUCAUUGGAUUGGUCCAGGAGAACGGCCCAUUCACAUGGUUCCCGUCUGCUUAUCGCCCGGUCUACAACAUCUUCAGCUGGCCCCAACUCUCAAAUGUUCUUUACGUCGAUCAGCCUGCCGGCACCGGCUUCUCGGUCGGCAAGCCCGGAGUCAACACGGAAGAGGAGACCGCCCAGCAAUUCCUCGGUUUUUACCACAACUGGAUGGAGACCUUCGGAACCAAGGGCCGCAAAACUCAUCUCACCGGCGAGAGCUACGCUGGUCACUACAUCCCCUACAUUGGUGACGCCAUGAUCAAGUCCAACCAUUCUGCUGACUACAAUCUCUCUGGUGCCCUGAUGUUCAGCCCCUACAUCAGAUCUGAUCCCGGUGAUUUCCAGCAGCACGCGGUUUCGCUUCCUUUCGUCGAAGAGUACAACAACGUUAUGGGCCUGUAUCCCGGCGUUGGGGACUACUACGAUCGGAUCAAUGCCGCCGACAAGGAAUGUGGCUACGCCGAUAUGCGUGAAAAUUACUUUACCUUCCCUCCCAAGGGUCCCUUCCCGCCCGGAAACAACAGCGAUGACUGCGCAAUCUCGUCCAUUGUCUACGAUGGUCUUGCAGAAGUUAGCCCUUGCGCCAAUAUUUAUCACAUCUCCCAGAGCUGCCCCAACCCAUCGGACCCCCUCAGCUGGGCCGUCGAGGGGGACAACGCCUCCGUACCCAUCAGCUUUGACAAGGCGGACUGGCACUCUUAUCUCAACCUUCCCGAGAUGCGCAAGGCCAUCCACAUCCCCACCGGUCAGAGAGAUUGGAAGGAGUGCUCCGAUGAGAACCCUUUUGGCCCCACUGGCGAUGUCAGUCUUGACCCCUUCGCCUCUGGCGCUCUGACCCGCGUUAUUGAGCACACAAACAACUUCAUCAUUGCCAGUGGCAACCUUGACUUCCGAAUACCGACCAACGGUACGCUCAUGGUACUCCAGAACAUGACUUGGAAUGGACAGCAAGGUUUCGACGAGUUCCCUUCCAAGACCUUUCACCUUCCUACCGCCUACAGCGAUUUAUCUUCUCAGAGCUCUGCUGGGAAUAUUGGUGAUUGGGUUGCACAGCGAGGACUCACCUUUGCUCGUGUUUUCAAUGCGGGACACGAACUUCCUCAAUACGCUCAGGGAGCCGGGUACCGUCUCCUAGAACAGCUUCUCGGCCGUGUAACGGACUUGACCAGCGACGUCAUGUUCACUGCCCUUCCAGGUGACUUCACGGGGUCAAAUACAACGCAUGGGUCUACCCCUCACUAA